AUGGAGCUCAGUCCACUUCCUCUUCUGCUCUUGCUGAUCUCAAACAUCUGCUCUCAACAUACUGAUGAAAACCCAAGAGCCACAGUGAGCAUCAAACCUGCUCAACAUGUGUUCAGAGGAGAGACAGUCACUCUCAGAUGUGAUGUAUAUAGUGAAGGAGUCAAUAGCUGGGAGUACAGAUGGUAUAAAGAGAGUUCAGCUAGUGUUUUCAGUGAACUACAGGAACUCACAUUCAGUUCUGUUACUGAGUCUGACGCAGGUAAAUACGUCUGUAUCGGAGCAGAGAGAGGAGGAUCACAAACAUCAUGCCGCAGUGAUGAUGUUACACUGACAGUAUCAGCUUCAGUUCCCAGAGCAGUGUUAAGUGUUUCUCCACAGAGGUGGUUAACUGAAGGAGAUUCAGUGACUCUGAUCUGUCAGGUUAAUGGUUCCUCUACAGGCUGGACAUUCAGCUGGUUUACUCAAACUCUCUUAUCUGACAACAGCAAUAAUUUUAAGUGGCUCUCAGAUGGCAGCAGAGGAGCUGGAGGAAACUACACUGUCAGUUCUGCUGAUCUAAAACACACAGGAGUUUAUCUGUGCAGAGCAGAGAGAGGAAAACCAGCCUAUAACUCAACCAUCAGCAACACACAGCCACUGUGGGUCACUGGUGUUUCUCCUCCAGUAUCUCUGAUCGUCAGUCCCAGCAGAACUCAACACUUCACAUCUGUCUCUCUCUCUCUGAGCUGUGAGGAGCAGAGUAACUCUACUGGAUGGAGAGUGAGAAGAUACACAGAUGUUUGGAGGUGGCUGGAAGGUUGUUCAUCUCUGUGGGGAUCACAAACAGGAUCCACUUGUACAAUUGGUAACACCAUCCCAGAUGACACUGGAGUGUACUGGUGUGAGUCUGAAUCUGGAGAAAACAGUCAUCCUGUUAAUAUCACUGUACACCGUGGUGUGAUUCUGGAGAGUCCUAUUCAUCCUUUGACCGAAGGAGAGAAUCUGACUCUACACUGUUUAUUUCAAUAUUCAACCCCAACAAUCCUCAGAGCUGAUUUCUAUAAAGAUGGGACACUCAUCCAGAGUCAAACUACAGAGAUGAUCAUCUCUACUGUCUCAAAGUCACAUGAGGGUUUCUACUCCUGCAAACACAGGGAGAGAGUAGAGUCACCCGAGAGCUGGACUCACAUUUUUGAUCAUUGUCGUCUUGGUCAUGCUGUGGUGCUACAGAAACAACAAAGGUGGAAGAUCUCAGUCUCCCUCUCAUGUCAGUCAACAGAAGAACAGCAGGCAGACAUCAGAGCAGAACCAGAGUGA